AACUCGCAUCGAUAGUCGUUUUUGUGUCUAGCCGUAGGUAUUAAUUUAGUGAUUUCGUGCAUAAGUGUUUAUCAAAUUGUGUUGAUUGUAAGUUUAAUUGUUAUAAAAUUGCGUUGAAGAGAAGAGUUCACUACGUUCUGCUGAGGAAACACUGAACAAUGGAGUUACCGCCUCCUGAAGAUCUGAAUGGAAUCGUGGCUGAUCCGCCGGUUGGCCUUCCGAAACGACAAGCUCGUGGAUCGAAGAAAGGGUCUGGUGGCAAGCAAGAUGCGUUGCCUAUCGAGGAAGCGCUUAAAACGGAAUUAACCGGUGCCAAUAAUAUGAAGACACCGAUUUCACUGUUGCAGGAGCUGCUCAGUCGUCGGGGCAUAACGCCACAGUAUGAUUUAAUGCAAGUAGAGGGAGCGGUUCACGAACCGACAUUUCGCUAUCGUGUAUCUUAUCAGGAUAAAGACGGUAUGUGUUAUAAAAUCAAAUUUUAUUGUUCAAAAAUGAGAACAUGUUCCAUUAUAGCUAUGGGCACCGGAAAGUCAAAGAAAGAAGCAAAGCAUGCAGCCGCUAAGGCUCUAAUCGACAAGCUAACGGGAAUUUCACUCAGUGAUCCUCCAACCGGGACGUUAAACGUUAAGCCAGAGCAAGUUGGCGAGGGCGAAGAUGAACCAACGGGUAACCCUAUUGGUUGGCUGCAAGAGAUGUGCAUGGCACGUCGCUGGCCACCGCCAACCUAUGAAACUGAGAUGGAAGUUGGAUUACCGCACGAGCGCCAAUUUACAAUUGCGUGCUCGGUUUUGAAAUAUCAUGAGGUAGGCAAGGGUAAAAGUAAAAAGAUUGCCAAACGUCAGGCAGCGCAGCGUAUGUGGCAAAGAUUGCAGGAACAACCACUGGAGCCGAAUCAAAUUGUGCAGAUGCUUGACGAAGAGGGCAACGAAGAGCUGAAAGCGGCCACCAUCACUGGACGAUAUACCGGUCUUAAGGAUGCUCGCAUUGCUAGCUUGACCACUGGCCAUGGUCAAAAGGUUUCCCAGUUCCAUAAGAGCUUAAAGGCGCGAACCGGCAAAACUUUAAGCAAAUUGCAGGUUACUUGCCUUAAUAAUCAUAAUGUCGAUUUUGUCCAAAUGCUUCAUGAAAUUGCUACCGAGCAACGAUUUGAGGUAACAUACGUAGAUAUCGACGAAAAGACGAUUCGCGGUCACUUCCAGUGUUUGGUGCAGUUAUCAACGCUACCGGUCGCGGUGUGUCAUGGAAGUGGAAGUUCGGCUAAAAACGCUCAAGCAAAUGCGGCACGCAAUUCGUUGGAGUAUCUCAAAAUAAUGACCAAAACCUAAACGCGGAUAAAAGAAUGUUUGACUAGUCGAUGAUGUUUUGUAAAAAACGGCCACCAAAUACAUCGGCAGCAAGCUGUGCAGCUGCAUGUGCUGUUUAAAGUUCUAAAUUUGAACUCUAUAUGGACGCUCGAACAUGUCAUCAUCGACGUGCGUUUGUUAUUGAGAACCAUUUCUCAGGCGUCUGGCGGAAACAAUCUUUCAACAUCGUCUCUUGAUGAAUACGUCGGAGAGUUAGGCCUGCAGAUACGCCUUCUAAUGGCGUCAAUAUAUCCUAAACACAUUUUUACUUUAUGUAUUUGUCGAAAUAACCGCUUCGAACUAUUUCGAGUUUUAAUUAUUAUUUUUCAUUCUCACUGAGAAUUGAAACUAAAGUGAACAUUCUAAAUAUAUUUUCUACAGAAUUUUUGUUUGUUUGGACGAAGUUUUUUUAAUUCUAUCAAAGUAUAAUUUUUCUGUGUUUCAAUUGAUCAUGUUUAUUGUAUAAUACUGUCUUGAAGUUAUAGUCUUAUUAAAAUUAACUAAAUACAUAAAUAACUAGUAUCGCUAUGGAGUAAUAAAAUAAUAAUGGCAAUUAUAAAAUACUACUCUAAGCUACACACAAAUUCAUUGCAAGAGGAUUGCAAACAUAUUUUCAUGAAUUUAGACUCUUUGAUCGACAGCAAGUGAUUAAAUUUAUAUCCGACAAUUGUGAACAGUCCGAAACAUUCAAGUUAUUUAUGUGUAUAGUAUAAUAAAUCGAUGCGAAUAGAAACGAUAUGGUAAUAUGGCCAAACAAAGAAAAAUAAUUAGAAAACAUCAUCAGCUACUAUGGUUAAAUAAUAAUUUUAUUGCAAAUAUCGGAAGCAAAAAUGUGUGCGUAUUGAAGCCGACAAUUGAAAUCGUCCUCUGCUGAUUACAGUGGGAGCAAUGUUCGGGCGCAACUCUCGCAAGAAUCAUCAAAUACAAGCUAUACUUUGCAUAGAAUUAGUGGGUUUUAUUUUCCAAAAAAUAUAAUAACAUUAAAGGAAAACCAGUUGCCCAACUAGUAGUAAGUAACUGAGUUUUAGGUAACACAAGUUCUGUUUUGUUCGUAUUGAAUUUUCCAUUACACGUAUAUCUACUUUUCAUUAGUCUUUAAAAUCUGCUUCUUACUCAAAAUAGAAAGAAAAAUCAUAAGUGUAUUUAAUGUCCCUACCGAUAUGAAUUGGAGAAUUGUGCUGAAAUUAUCGAAUAAAUAUAUUAUUACAUCAUAAUACUGCUUACAUGCAAACAAAGUAUAUUGAAAUACAAUUAGUGGGAUUUUGUCAUGAAUCUAAUCGAAACAAAGAAAAACAAAUAAGAAAGAAAACUUGCGAGCAAGAAGGAUCCAAGUCCCAUAUUUGUAGGAAAAUGGGCAUUAUUUUAAUGCAAAGUAUAGAGGUUGUAAUCAGUGAAUAUCUAAUAAUUAUACUCAUACGAAAACCGAACAAACAGAAUGGCACGGAAGUGUACAAAAACGCUUUUUUCAGCAGGACAAUUGGCAACACAAGCAUUUGCGAGUCAGAUUGAUGAUCGGCUUGUGCGUCUAAUCUUUAAAAAGCGUAUUGGGUGCAUAAAUUUCCGUUUUAAUGUUUUUUCAUGUAUUUCAAAUAAAUUU